AUUGCUUUCAUUUUGGAUUGUAUAUCCAAAUUUUAGAAUUUUUUUGAACUAUAGGUCCGAACAAUCUAUAUAUGUGUUCUGUCAUGGACGACAUCAGCUUCCCUGUUCCCCAUAGGAAGUUCUCUUUGGAAAUCAAGGGGAUCAAAACAGAUGUGGUGAUUUGCUGUUAUGAUGAUCACUUCCUUGUUAUUGCCACUCAAAUAGGAGCUGUGGGGACUAUACUGCAAGCCAGGUCUGAGGAAGGGGCGACAUUCAAUCCAACAUACAGCGUAUCUGUAAUCUUUGGCAAGCGAGAUGAGCCGAUGCUAGAGGCAUGUGCUCGUCAACUUGUGGAACACAUCAGUAAUUCGCGCUCUUCCCGACCGUUAAUGCUUUCUCUUGGUCUCAAAGACCAUUCAGUGGAGACAUUAAAAGGCAUUGUUUCUGCUGUAAUUGAGAAUCGUCUUUGGUAAAUUUGUGUUGCUGAACUAAUGGAGUUUGCCAUUGAAGUCUCUAGUUCUCAUAGCUGGAGUAAACCGUCACCGCAACUCAUAGUAGCUUCUUUUGAAGCAUCAUCAAAGUUGUAUUUUCCGUUGUCCACUUCAGACCAAAAUUUGGAAACCAAAAUUAGGGUUGUCUUGCUUAUUUGUUUACGUGGUGAGAAUACUAAUCGUCUUAUUUGAAGAGAACAAUUAUGUUGAUGUUUCUCAUUAAUAUCGAAUUUAUCGAUGA